AUGGAAGAAGCCCUCAACAGCACUAUACAUCCGACCUGUUUACAAGAACCCCCGCUGGCUAUCGAUAUCAUAAAGCAACUGGAUGUCUUUGGGGUGGCUCUGUACUCCAUGCUGACCCUCAUGUCUACGCUGUCCCUGCUACUAUACCUGGAGGAGUGUGUGUUUAUCUAUAGAAAAGUCCCGUCUCCCAAGAAGACAACUAUUAUGUGGGUAAAUGGAGCUGCACCGGUCAUUGCUACCAUGGCUUGUUUUGGUAUGUGGAUCCCAAGGGCAACCAUGUUUACAGAUAUGACCUCUAAUUCGUACUUUGCAGUGGUGGUGUAUAAGGUCUUAAUUAUGCUGAUAGAGGAGAGUGGGGGUAGCGAGACCUUUCUGAAGCGCAAUUACAAGAAAACCUUCAAGAUCAGUACAGGACCGUGCUGCUGCUGCUGUCCUUGCCUGCCCCACGUUCCGGUCACACGGCGUAUGUUAUUCCUGCUGAAGCUGGGGGCUCUUCAGUAUGCUAUAUUAAAGACACUUCUCUCAAUCCUCUCCAUAAUAUUGUGGACCAACGGCAACUUUGAUAUUUCUGAUAGUGAGAUCACAAACACGGCGAGUUGGAUCAACCCAUUUAUAGGGGUUCUCACCAUCAUCUCCCUUUGGUCUGUCACCAUCAUGUUCAUGAACACAUGCAACACACUGCGUAGCGUCAGGAUCAUACCUAAGUAUGCCAUGUACCAGCUGGUGCUGGUGCUCAGUCAGCUGCAGACGGCCAUUAUUAACGUCCUGGCCUUGGAUGGAACCAUUGCCUGCUCCCCGCCCUUCUCCUCUAGAGCCCGUGGCACCAUGUUGAGUCAGCAGCUAAUGAUUGUGGAGAUGUUCAUCAUCACCCUGGUCACCCGGGCGUUGUACCGCCGCACUUAUGACCCACUGCCCUCCGACCCCCACGAGACUGACAACGACCAGAACACCAAUAUCAGCCUGCAGGCACCACAGUGGGAGCAUGCUGCCUGA